AGACGAUCGUCCCUUCAGGAUAUUCCCAAAAACAAAUCCCUAAACAGAUAGAGUUAGCGAAUCGUGAUUCGUGAUCAGUACGGUCGCUCGCUUGUGCGAUCUUCCAUCCACUGGUCGUCAAUCGAUCCGAUGCCGUCGUCUUCCAAGUCCACCGCCAGGAAGAAAAAAAAUUACCAGGAUGAUGACGACGAUGGAGUUCGGUUGCAGUACUACGCCGGCAGACGGUGCAAAUGCUGCCUAGAGCUUAACAGCAGGGAGAUCAAGCCACAGCCCGACGACGACGACUUUAUAACGCCCUCCGACGAUUUUAGGGGCGAUGAAUUUCUGAAGCUUCACGUCGUCCACUACCGCCGGAAGAUUUGGGAGACCGGGUGUUGGGACAUUGAUUGCCCGCCGAGAUACGGCGGCAUCGGCGGACAAGCUUACCCUGGAAAGCAUCUCUACGGCGACGAUAUGAAGACGGACGAGCUGCUUAACGACAUGGCUCAACACGUCGUCGAUACAUAUAACAAGGAGAAGGGCGGUAGGCUGGUGUUGGGUGGAGUGCGGAACGUAUCCGCGGAGGGCUGUAAUUGGAGGAACUUCUACAUAACUUUUAGCUGCCGCGAUGGUAGAGGUGCGCGUAAAAAGACGAAGAGGCGUUUGAAGACAUACAGAGCCGCCGUUUCCUGUCGCAUUUGGAGCUUCGGAAAGGAGAAACAAAUUUUGGUCUUCAGGGACCCUAGUGGGAAAGAUUUGCUGCCGCCGGAUCCCUUCUACGGGUUCUUCACUACGCCUUUCCGUCCUCGUCCUGAGUUAGCUGAUCGCGAAGAGGAAGCCGGAGGAGUUGUAGUUGGGAACUCAGAUGAUGAUGAAGGUGGCGUUGAGGAGGAGUUGUAGGUGGGAACUUAGAUUGCAGACAGUUCGUGAAUGUCAUUUUGGUUAUGGUUUUUCGUUUCUCUGACGGUAAUAAAUAUCUAACCUCUCAUCCGAUUCUCCACAAGUCUGAUUCUCUCCCAUCACCGAUAGUUAGUCUUCCUAGUCAAACUAUUGUAAUGGGAGAUGAAGCUGGUGUGAUGCAGUGGAAGAGGGUGGAGUGAGCGAUUGAGCUUUUUUGCUUGUCCGUGUUUAUUGGAUUACCGAUCAGGAUUGACUUUGACUUGUCGGAUUUAAUAAGAAGUAUGCUUAUUAUUUGUGGUA